AUAGAAGGCAUGGAACACAUGGAAAUAAUGCACUGAAUCUGUGAAUUAUGGAAGUAAUUUCGAUUUUAGCUUUUCCCUUGUAGUGAUGUUUGGAAUAUUACUAUUUGGUAUAGUGUUGAUGUAGCAUGUAUUAUUUUUCACCUAUAUUCUUCUAUAAAAUUUAAAAAUUCCUGGGAAUCAAAAUUUUCAUCGGCAUAUAGAAAUUGAGGUUACAAUAUUAACUUUGAAGAAAUAUUUUUUGUCUGGUAGAAAAUCUACUGAUAUAAUUAUGUACCGAUUCAGCAAAUCGUUGCUGUAUGUGAACAAAGCGAAUAACAAAUUAUUGCUCCGCACCUAUUCAAAAGAUAAAAAAAAACAUGGAUUCCUUGGAAGAUUUUACGACAAUUUUCGUGAAGAGCUAGCGAAAAAUAAGGAGAUGAAAGAAUCCUUGAAGAAGUUUAGAGAAGAAGCUGAGAAAUUGGAGCAGAGCGAAGCCCUGAAAGCAGCUCGUCAAAAAUUUGACACGGUUGAAAAAGAAGCUAGUAAAGGUGGGGAAAUUUUCAAAGGACGAAUGAAUUUUCUGAAAACAAAAGUGAAGGAUAUAAUGGAUGAAGCAACUAAAACAGAGUUGGCCAAGAAAGCAGGCAAAAUUUCUGAAGAAAUUGGUAAAACUACUAGUUCAUUAUCAGAAAGGGCACAAGAAUUAGGUAAAACAGAAACCUUCAAAAGUAUCUCAGAAGCAACUAAAGCUGUAAAACAAGAAAUUGAUUCUACAGAAAUUCAAGGUAGAGUGUAUGUUAGUCCUACUAUGUUAAGAAAAAGAACGGAAACAUCAGCAGUAGCAAAUCAAAAGUAUUAUGAACCAAACACUGAAGUAACAGGAAUGGAAUUACAUAAAGACUCUAGAAUCUAUGAAUCCUGGCAGAAUUUCAAAAACAAUAAUCCUUAUGUGGGUAAAUUCAUCGAUUUGAAGCUGAAAUAUGAAGAGAGUGACAAUCCAAUAGUUAAGGCAUCAAGAGCUUUAACAAACAUAGCUUCUGACAUGGUUGGUGGCCUAUUUGCUAAAACUGAACUUUCAGAGACCUUGACGGAAAUAUGCAAGAUAGAUAACAGUUUUGAAACUAAGAGAUUUCUGAAACAGUGUGAAACUGAUAUAAUUCCAAAUAUCUUGGAAGCAAUGACGAGGGGAGAACUAGAAAUUUUGAAAGAUUGGUGUCACGAAGGACCAUUCAACCUGUUUGCUGUACCUUUCAAAGAAGCAUCAAAGAAAGGUUAUAGAAUAGAAUCAAAAAUCCUCGAUAUUGAUAAUGUGGAUUUGAUGAUGGGCAAAAUAAUGGAGCAAGGUCCUGUUUUAAUUAUAUCGUUCACAUCUCAACAAGUUAUGUGUGUUAAGGACAGAGAUGGGACAGUGGUAGAAGGUGACCCUAACAAAGUGAUGAGGGUUAAUUAUGUAUGGGUUUUAUGUAGAGAUAUUACAGAAACAGAUCCAAGGGCAGCUUGGAGGCUGCUUGAUCUAUCUGCAAGCAGUAGCGAGCAAUUUGUUUAGUUGAAAUAAGGAAAGCAAAACCAAGGAAAAAUUUUUAACGGUUUGAUUUUCUGAAAUAAUAUCUAUUCUAUAGAUAAAUCUCAUCAAUUUAGGAAAGUAAAUAAGGGUAAAUGUCAUUUUCAUACAUUAUUUACUUCACUAAACUGCCCAGUGUAAAUUUAAGGUUAGAAUCAAAUUUUCCUACUUAUGAUUCUGAACUGAAUGUGAUUUGUAUAGUUUUUAUAAAAAUGUAUAAUUUAUAUAAUUUGAUAGAGUAUAAAUUGUUGAAUUUUUGA